AAAAAACAGGAGCAAGACAGCAGGACCAUCACAGAGAAUCCAGAGGUAUAUCAUUCAACGUUAAGAAGCAAUGGGGAAACCAAACAGCAAGCUGGCACCUGAGAUGCUGCAAGACCUGGUUCAGAGCACAGAGUUCAGUGAGCAGGAGCUAAAGCACUGGUACAAAGGGUUCUUAAAGGACUGUCCAUCAGGCAUCCUCAAUCUACAAGAGUUUCAGCAACUCUACAUUAAGUUCUUCCCAUAUGGCGAUGCCUCUAAAUUUGCUCAACAUGCCUUCCGCACAUUUGACAAGAAUGGAGAUGGAACAAUUGAUUUCCGGGAAUUUAUUUGUGCUUUAAGUGUCACCUCACGGGGAAGCUUUGAGCAGAAACUCAACUGGGCCUUUGAGAUGUAUGAUCUGGAUGGAGAUGGCAAGAUCACACGACUGGAGAUGCUGGAAAUAAUAGAGGCUAUCUAUAAAAUGGUUGGUACUGUGAUUAUGAUGCGAAUGAAUCAGGAUGGUCUCACCCCACAACAAAGAGUUGACAAAAUCUUUGCAAAGAUGGACAAAGACAGAGAUGACCAGAUCACCUUGGAAGAAUUUAAGGAAGCAGCAAAAAGCGACCCCUCUAUAGUGCUGCUUCUUCAAUGUGACAUGCAGAAAUAGCACUCAUUGAGCCCCAGCAAUUCCUGAGAGCUCCCUGCAUGCAUGUCACUACCUUCCCAGUUCCACAGCGUACAGGUCCUUCCACCUGUCUCUCACGCUGGACUGCCCCAUCAUGUGAGAUCAACCUGACAAUGCGACUAUUUGCAAAUCAGGAUUCAGAAUCCAAAAUCUUGUUACAUGAAGUAUAUGCAUAGAAAAAUAUGUAAUACCAUUGCAGGGCAGUUUGGUUCAUUCUUUUUUUUGUUUUCCUGCUAAUAUUUUUUGGAUUUGCAAUAAGGUUGUUGGUUGUUUGAAGAUCAUGCACUUUUUUUUUAAAGGCGCUAUACCUUAUGAUGGAAUACCUAUGCUGCCACACUUUUACUCUCUUUUACUCUAUACAGGCUAUAAGAGAACAUAAGGAGCUGUCCCUGGUAUGAAUAGUUUUACUUAACUUAUAUGCUUUGUUUGACUUGCCAUGCUGCAAUAUAUAUAUAUAUAGUCAUUAAAAAAAAGUGCCACAGCUGGAGAUCCUGGGUACAAAUGACUUAGCUUGUUGCUACAGGCUCACAUAUGUAUAUAUAUAUAUAUAUAUAUAUAUAUAUGUCAGCUCCUGCUUCUCCUGUUAGGUUGUGCAAUCUCUAUUCUAACACUAAACAAGGGAAGCCAUAAGGAUGGUUGUGGCAAGUCGGUAUAAGACAAUGGUAGCUCAGACUACACUAAAGUCUAGGGAAAAAGCUAAAGGAAAAUAUCUAUUUAUUCACCUCUUAAUAUUUACAUUAGACAAAUACAAAGAAAAUAUAAAAUGAAAGUAUAGUGCCCUUUAAAAUAAUUAAAAACUGAUACAUUAACUGAUCAUUUAGAGGGCAUUUUCUGGUCAUUCAUGAACAGUUAAUGGGCAAUUAACAGAUUUAAAAAUAAAACUUGAAGAAUGGUUUUGAUUAAAAUUUCACAAUAUUUUGCAAUACUGUAUAUUUGUUUACGUGUUUGCCUGAAGGCUAAAGAUCUCAUUUCACUGCUUAAGAUUAGUGCAUUGUGUAAUAUAUAAAUUGCCAGCUUCAGCAAGUCAGUGAGUGCCUAUCGUUUAGACAAAGGGAUCUGACUGAAGACAAAGGAAAAGAUAAUGUUAUGCCUGUAAUAUAUAAAAUAUUUGGCUUGUUAUGUAUAUGGUGACAGCGUUAUAUUUAUAUGGUGUUUGGACUCUACACAUUACAUUGUUACAGUGCUAUGGAUAAACACAUUGCGCAUUUAUGUAUAUGGCUUUAUAUGAUUUACACAAGGCUUUCCAUCUGAUCUAUGCAGUGCAUUGUAUGUUACUGAUACAGUGCUGUAUAUGUUAAAAUAAGGCUGCCAGUGAUAUAGAACCUUGCAUGUGAUACGUAGUGUCCUAGCUAUGCAUGAUGAUAAUGCAUAGUGCAGUGCUUUGCUGCUGCAUAACCAUACAGUGUCUCACCAGUUCAGUAUAUUUGUGACAUUUUGUGUAAAUUAUCUGUGCUACUUUAUUCAAUAUUAUUAACAGUGCUUUGCAUUUUACACAGCGUGGGGCUCAUUUAUAAAAGUGCUAAGCACUGUCUGUAUAUUGUUCAAAAAUAUGAUGUUUUUUAGAACACUUAACACUAUGUUGGGUGGAAGUGGGAAACUAUGUGUUCUACAGGGGAACCCACAGUCAGCUUAAAGAAAUUUGCAGUGAAUUAUUAUUCUUUCCCUCAGAUACUUCUGGAAAUGCAGCUUGAGGGUCACAUAGAAUGAGAUUUGGGGUAAAUAUUAUUUACUAAUGUUCUUUAUAAAGUUAAGCUGGCCAUACACAAGGCGAUAUAAGCUGCUCAUUCGUUCAGAAUGAGUUGGCAGCUUAUUGGCCCAUGUAUGGGGGCUUCUCAAAGGCCUCUUUGAUUGAUACACAGGUCGAUAAAAGCUGCCAACUUAUUCUGAAGGGGGCAAGUCAGAAGCUUGUUUUGGCCUGGGCAUCCCCUCCAUGUAUGGGCUUCUCGAAGGCCUACUUGAUUAAUACCACAAUGGAUGGUAUUGGUUCUGUAUUAGUCUAAUUAGCCCUAAAUUUCUUAGUGGUGUAAAUGGCAUAAUUUUUGGCACACCAAGGCAAGGGUUAAAAAAAUGGCACAGCAUUAGCACACAUUUCAUUAGUUGAUUGAUUACAUGAUUAGGUGCAAAGUACAAGGAAGCCCAUAUGGAGAACCCUAGAAUUGGUAUAUUAGACUUUUUAGGGCCCUGUACAGGGAUACUAUUGAGGAUAGAUCAUACAGUAUAAAAGAAAUCUGCAGCUUUGUUGGGAUUGGUAGGAGACUGCAGCUGUAUCAAUAUUUAUGUGCUGCUUUGCUUGGGUAGUGUAUGGGAUGCUGGAUGAGACACCAGCGCUGAUUUUCCUUGCAGUGCCAGCAGAUUUUGUUUAUUAACAGAACCAAACUAUUCUUCAAUUAUUCAUUGCUGACCCCCCCUCCCCCUUCAAAAAUGAAGUAGUAAUCUACUAUCAUUGCCAGGGCAGUCUAACUAAAUAGAAAUUUCUGAUUAGUAUUAUGUACUGUAUGUAGUAAAUAGCAUCAGAAAGCAAUUAGCCAUUUAAAUUGCAUCAGGAUACAUUUGUGAUAGGUAUGAAGAUAGAAGCGUGUGGGCUCAAGAUUGUUCAAUGUACCUGCUAAUAUAUGGUUUGGGGACUUCUUGUCAGAUAAUAUAGUAUAAAACAUUGACAUUUAAGCUGCAGAAUUACAUUACUGAUAUGAAAUAACCUUACAUCACCCUGAGAGUGUCAAGUAUACACAAGUGCUCCUAGUAAGCCUAGGGUCAGGCUGCCCCUAGCAAUAUCCCUGAGGGCAUAAUACUAGAUCUUCUCCUGCUCUGUGUGUCUGAUCUGUACAAGUGGACUUUGUCUAUUUUUCUAUCUGAAAAUAAAAUAACUGACAAAAUAA